CCUGAAGUUUGUCCUGAAGAGAGCAGUGAUGGUGACUGGACAACAAAGACCAGAAGAAGCAAAAUUCAGGCAACAUAUUAGUCGUGAAAGAAAUGAAGUGUACACAAAGGACACAAAAAUGCUGGCUGCAAUUCCAACCUCAGCCAGAGAGGGCAGUAAUGCCGCCUUGACGGCAGAAGGCUUCAAGACUGUGACCGAAGCUCACUUGUCGUGAUUUCAAGUCUGGAGGAAACGCAUCUCAUCAAGCACCUCCAUCAACAUCAUCAUCAAGCCAACGCCGUCCUCAUCUUUCCCUCCUCAACUUGAUGAACGUGAACCGAGAGCUAAAUUUACCCCGGAGUGUGAUCCAAUAUUGCCGGUCAACAUUUCCCAGCCUCCUCGGGUUUCAUCUUUUCUCCCGUAACAGCAGUGCACUCCUGACCUGACCUGAGGACAGCUGCCCCGUGCACCAGACAGCCACCAUAGAGCCACUCGGAAGACGUUGACCCAUCAACGUGUGUCUGCCGGGUCCAGAUGUUGUCAGAGACGUGACACAGCUUCUUACUCACGCCACCAUGUGAAGGCCGUUAAGACACGACACACACUUCAUCGCAGGAAGAGGAAACGAGCAGCAAAUAGGAAGCAGGAUUGUAUGUGUGUGUGUGUGCAGUGCAUGCCAUGUGCACGUGUAAGACAUGGAGACACGCACACGGCAACAAGUCAAACAGGAUCCAUAUAUUUGCAAAGGCAGGAGCACCAUGCAAGCAUGACAUGCAACUUUUGCCAAAGGGCCUUUAAAGGACACGCGGGGUCGGCAUGGCAACAACCACAAUAACGACAACGACGCACUGACCAGGGUUUGUUUGUAUCUCAGAGCCUUCCUCUCUGAUGCAUGUGUGGCCAUUGACACGCCGUCACUGAGUCAAAAAUAAAUCCCAGCACAGACCGCCUUAAUGUGACUGCACACACACACACACACACACACACACACACUCUGGAUAUUACAUCUGGAUCCUUCCAUCUUGUUCCAGUGAUGUCAUUCAUAGUUGAUCAUGACCCGCCCACUUAUUAUAUUACCCUGCAGCUUCCACAAGGCCAUGCCCCCCAUCCAUAGGUGUGCAUGCUAGUCUGUGAUAGGCUCCAGCCUACCCAAUGAAGAUGAGUGGAUGUUUCUGCUGACUCACUAGACUUCAUUCAAUAAAUCUCAGCAUGCCGCGGAACCGGCCUGAAGUGAUACUGCCGCCUCGGGCGUGGCAGCUCAGCAGAGGAGGUCACAUGACCAUGCAGCUCAACAAUCCACAAGCAGUGAGUGUGUGAAGUGACGGCCUAAUGGUCUUCAGGUGACAAGGGGGGGGGGGGCGUGGCCAAGCCGAGUGACAACACACUCGCUUUGGAUGCACCCGGACCAGGCAACAUGAGUACACAAUGUGACACCGGCCAGGUUUGACACCUGAGUGGACGCACAGCAUGGCCAACAACACAACAAGCAGCGACCCGUGUGCGGCUGGCGACAACCUGUGCAGUAAGAACUCCUCCUCACCUCACCUUCAUCUCCAUUUUCCUUGCUUCCUCGCUCCCUUCCAUCCUAGUUGUCCGGACUCACCAGCAGGCGGUUAUUAUCGUACCGACGUUGCUGCUCUUCUUUACGCUAGUCGUCGCCAUGGCCAUGGUCUUGGCGUCCUACCUGUCACGCAGGUGGACCAGAACCACCAUCCCGACCCGCUACAGCAGCUCGCUGCACAGGCGAGAACGCCACCUGGAUGGCAUUGAUGCGCCCCCUGGUCUUGACCCACUGGAGCAUGAGGAGCUUCCCAUGGCUGUCCAAAAAGCAAAGCAGCCCAACCGCAAACCACAGCAGACCACAGGGGGGCGUAUUGGCUCCUUCAGGCAGGUCACUGUGCUGCCUCAGACGUUGUCCAUCAACACCUACAAGACGGUGGGUCUCUACAGGGCCCGCAUGGACAACAGGGACGUGGUGCUGAGGAUGCUCAAAGCAGACACGGCUAACGGCGCUGAGAAGCGACACUUCUUGGGUUUCGCCUCCUUUGUGUCAGGACUCGGGCACCACCCGUUCCUCCCAGCUCUGCUGGGGGUCGUCACAGCCUCACCGCCCCCGGUGAUGGUGAUGGAGGAGCUGCGGCACCGAGACCUACUGGGCUUCCUGUGGAGAUGCAGACGGGUCAACUAUUCACUCAUGACAGAUGAGUCUGCAUGUGACAUGACGGAGAAGACAGUCUUCACCAUGGCAACACAAGUGGCGUCUGCUCUGGACUACCUGCACGGUCGCCGCUGUGUUCACGGCAACGUGGCAGCUCGAAGCGUCCUGGUGGGCGGCGACCUGACAGCCAAGCUGUGGGGUUUGGGCUCCGCCUACCGCCGGGAAGCCCAAGCCGAUGUCGGCGGGGGCACGGUGGUGCUGGAGCUGAAGAAGUGGCAGGCGCCCGAAGUGUUAUCCCGCAGGACGUUCAGUCCCAGCAGCGACGUGUGGUCCUUUGGGAUGCUGCUCUAUGAAAUGAUCACCUUAGGUGAUCCACCGUUUGCCGAGCUGCUGGCCACAGAGCUCCUGCAGCACCUCCAGAGAGGAAGACACCUCAAACGUCCGUCGGGCUGCUCCAGCUCACUCUUCGCCAUCAUCACGUCGUGCAGCCAGUGGAGCCCCCAGCGACGUGUCUCCGUGGCGACGCUCAUCGAGAAGCUCCAGACGGGCGAGAGGUCAGCCAACGGGAGGACUGUGAUCCGAGUGUCAGAGCCCCUGGAUACUGGGAAGUACCUACGGGAGGCGGGAUAUGACGAGGCCUACAACUACGCUGUGCUGUGAUUGGCUGACUUUUGUACUUUGUACAUAGAAUGGACAGACGAGGAAGCCUCACCAGCCUCCUUUAAGAGACUGUAUAGAAAUUAAUAUAUUUCUUUAUAGAAGCAAACGUCUUCAGUAUAUGGAGGUCAACGGGAGGCUCAGCAGCUUCAUGAAUGAAAGCGUCACAUGUUUUGUUUUCACAGAAAAGAAAAGUUCUAUUUUUAGCCUGGCAUGCCCCAUAUCUCCCUCCCUCACCCCCCGUCCACAUUCCUCACAUUCCCUAAGCCCCCUUGGAAAGCAUACUUGCAGGCUGACACAUCCGGUCCGUGGGUGGCCGAGGAAGUGAUGAAACCACUGUGGAAAGAAGCCCCGCCCCCUCUUUGUGGCCUCAGACGUUUCCUCAGCGGCAGAGACGUUCGCUAUCAGCAUGUAGCACCUCUUCAGUGGGCGGGGCUUAGUGACCGCAUACUUCGUAAGAAGCAGGAUACCAGACUACUUCUUGAGAAACGCCAAAGUGUCAUUUUUGGCGCUUUGAGUCACGGGAUGCGUGGCAGUGACGCAUUCCUAAUGACAACAGCAGACCUCCACCAAGGCAACUCAUUAUUAGCUCAGCACGGAACGUUAGCUACUUCAUAUUUCGCCGUUGCAGUCCGCUUGCAUUGGGGCCCAGCUGCGGGAAAGCGUGCUGCCACCUACAGGGCCGGAGCUGAUGAAUGGCUUUCUGUUCAUCAGGACUAGAAAUGGAAAGUGUGUCAGGGUCAAGUCCAGCAGAAAGCUGCUGAGCUGGCAUCAGACGUGACAUCCAGAUAUUCCACGAGAGCGUCCAGAGACGAAGGAGGAAGUGACAUUUCCUUUUUUUUGUCUUUGUGUCCUUCCGUGCGCAGGCUGGCGGGUCAAGAACUUUCCACUUUUUUCAUUAGUUGCAUCAUAUGGAAGCAGGCGGCCAUGAC